AUGGAGCACACACUUUCAACGCCCCGACUAAGACUAACACUUCUUGAAAAAGCGGAACUCGGAAGUCAAGAAUUCUCGUGGCUGCACGAGCUCCGAAGCGAUAAGCAGACAACAUGGUGGAGCAUACACGGCCAAUCCAAAUCCCCGGCCGACACGGAGAAAUUCAUCAAGCACUGCCUGCCAUCACCGGAAAAUCCAGACGCGGUCAGAAUCGCAUAUGCCGUGCACAUGAUACAAGAAGAAGGACUACGCUUCAUCGGUCUCAUUACCCUGCGCUCCUCGACAGAACUAAGUCUCCCCGAAGCCAACCACCUCAUGCCGCCCGCCGCACUUGAUCUCUCGUCGACGCUGAAUCUCGAACUUGGGUAUCAGUAUUUGCCGCUGGCGUGGGGGAAGGGGUAUGCGACGGAGGCGCUGCCAGCUGUGUUUGAUGCUUGUCGAGCGCUGGGGGGGAAGGUCUUCGUGAGGGCGAUUGUGGAUGCGGAGAAUGGCGGGAGUUUGAAGGUCAUGGGGAAGAGUGGGAUGAGGGAGUUAGGGGUGCAUGAGUGGAGGGGGGAGAAGGCGUAUAUGGCGGGGGAGUGGAGGGGUAGGAUGGUGUUGUGGAUUUGGGGGAUGUGGUUGGUUCAGUGA